AUGACCGACGACGCCGACCAAGGCUCCGGCCAGUCUCUGGCCAAGGCAGAAGAGACCACUGCGCAGCGCUUCAGCGCCCUGCAGACUCAGCUGCUUUGUGCGGCAAUCCACUUCUUCCACCGCCACAUCCGUUCCGAUGCGGACGUUUUGCAACGAAUGGAGGGCAACCAGAUGUUCCGGCUCUUCUUCGAGGUUCCAUACCACAACAACAAGCCCGACCUGAACCGGAUCUUUCCGGAGUCGGUCCACGAUUGCUCGGCCUUGCACGUCUGCUCUUUCAUCCUGAGCAUCCUGCACCAGGGCAUCUUCAGCGUCUCUGCGUUCAUCGUCAGUGUCAUCUACCUCAGCAGGUUCAAGGAGAGCUCCAGAAUCACUCUCCAUGCCUGCACUUGGCGGCCGUUGUUCCUGACGUCGCUGCUACUGGCCGACAAGAUGUGGGAGGACAAGCCAGUUCGCAAUAGCUCCCUGGCGAAGCUCUUUCCGGUCCUCAGCAAUGGGGAGCUCAACCGCAUGGAGAGCGAGUUCUUAGAGGAGAUCAAGUUCAAUGUGCUGGUAAAGCCGGACCUCUUCUGCUCCUUCUGUGAGAAGUUGCUGGCGGAGCAGGUACACCAGGAGAUUUCCCACUGCGUCAUCCAGUCAGAGUACGCGGCUACCCUGCAAGUCGACUGCCUGGAGGAUAAGGCUCCGAAGGCUCUGAACGCCAAGGAGGAGGCCACGGAGAAGCCAACAGAUGGUGUCGUGAAGCAACCGGAGAUCCGAAAGGUUCAUGGCAACUCACCAGACGGCGUCAGGUCAGGCUCCUGGCACGGCGAGGUGAAGCGUCCGUCAGUGGUCCAUCAUCCGCAGAGUCAACCCCAGGAGCUGCAGCAUGCCGCAGCCUAUGCCACGCAGGAGUUGUGGAAAAGGCAGGCUGGCAGCGCACCGCGUUCCGUUUCCGUGCAGCCGUUGCGAGUCGGAGAGAAGGCAGAAGAUCAGGCAGACGAGGCCCUGCGAGGCCCAGCUGCGCCGUUGAUGGUCCAGCCGGGCCAGCCGCCCAUGAGGCGGUCUCUUCCCGCCAAAGGGACGUCUGCGACGCAGUACGUGCAAACGCUUGCUCGAGCACCCUCCGUGGGAAGCACAGCAGGCUUCGUGCGAUGUGGCGAGGCCGCCAACCCAGCCAGCAUCCACUCUCGGGGCACCCACUAUCCAGUGGCAUCGGCAGUUCCGAUGCAGCAGUCACCGAGGUCGCCCCCGCCGGUGCCGGCGACCCUGCUCGGCCGCGAGGGGGCGGCGUGCCGAGCACAGACGCCCUCCGGCAUGCCUUGCAGUCAGGUCAGCUCGGUGGUCGCCCAGCCAGUUCGGGCUACUCCAGUUGUGGCGCAAGUCCACAGCGUGGUGACACCGAAGCCACGGUCCUCAUCUGCCCCGCGAGUCUCUGGAGUCGUGCACUCACAAGCCGGCGCGAACGUCCGAGCAUCUUCGCAGCCCAUGCGGCAGUCGGUGAUCAUGCGGCAGGUGCCGCAAGGAGGUGCUGUGCAGGCCCAGCUCUCCGGCGGCCACCAGCCCUGCAGCACGCGGCAGGUCGUGGUUGGGAACCCAAACGUGCAAGUGGCCACAGGGACAGUGGCCGGCAGAGUGCUCGUCACUAGAGGCACCGUCGGAGGAUACCCGACAGCCGCACGGAACGCCUCUCCUGUGGCCAUGCCUACCAGCCCAAACUAUGCCGUUUGUGCCACACCAGCCAGGGUGGCCUCGCGUGGACGAUCUGCGCAGCCGGUCGCUGCGGUUCCAGCAGGUCCUGCACGGCCACAGCGUUCAGCCACGCCGACACUGCAAAGCGGCAUGGCUCCGCAGGUCAUCCAGCGACACUCCUUGGGGGGAGCCUUCAUGCAGCGCCCAGGCAUUGCAUGA